UCCGAGGUCGACUCGCCUUUCAAGUGUCAGAACUCACAAUACAGAAAUGUGAAGGCACAAAUACGAAUACGAUUCAGAGUGCAGUGAUUCAGUGCUAGGGUUAGGUGUGCGGGUGUGUGCGUCGGCAGGGCUCGGUGUAGUUUAUUUUGUUAUUAGUUUCGGGGGGGAUUUGGGUUCUCUUUUAUAAUUUCAUCUUACUUAGUUGUAGUUUUGCGAAUGAUUUAGUUUUCGAGUUAGAUAUUACUGUCGUAAAAAUGGCUUUAAAUCAAGAUGUUGAACGCAAUCAGGUAGUGCGGAUCGACCAAGACUCGGAUACGGAAUUGCAAGCACUCUUCGACACCGUUCUCAAGCCCGACUCGAAAAGACCUUUGCAAGUGCCUUUUAGAAUGCGAAAAUUGCCCACCUCGUUCUUCAAUCCACCGACCACCGGCUCCAAGUCACCAUCGGUGUCGUCGAUUUCGCACAGUCGUGAAAAUUCAGCCGACUCAGCUUUCGGAACAACCACAAACACUGGACUGCAGGUUAACCAUCCGAGGGCACACAGUUCACCAGCAUCUCUUCAGCAGACCUACGCUUCGGCCCAACAGCAACCUCCGCCACAAGUGCAGCAGCACCUCAAGCAGCGCAGUUAUGACAUUACUGGAGGCACCAUCGACGAAUUGGGUCCUCUGCCGCCUGGCUGGGAACAGGCCAGAACUCCCGAGGGACAAGUUUAUUUUCUCAACCACCUGACACGCACGACUACUUGGGAGGACCCGAGAAAAACGCUGGCCGCCCAAAACCAACAGCAACAACAGCAGGCACAACAACAACAGCAGCAACAACAGCAACAGCAACGAAGCAACGAAAAUCUUCUCAAUUCUCAAGCCAACUCGCCACAGCCUCAGUCCCCACCUCAAACACAAGGUGGUUCGACGAAAGGCAGCACAGGGGCACUGAGCCCAGCCACCAGCCCCGCCCCCCUCGGCCCCCUGCCCGACGGCUGGGAGCAGGCCUCAACAAAUGAGGGCGAGAUCUACUUCAUCAAUCACCUCACAAGAACCACCUCAUGGUUCGACCCUCGAAUACCCGCUCACCUGCAGCGAGCUCCAGGCUCAGGAGCGAUGUUACCGCAGGCGACUAGCUUGUGGAUUCAGCAGCCAAUCUCGCAGUCACAGUCGAUGCAGGAUCAGCAGAAGCUCAGGCUCCAGUCGUUACAAAUGGAGAGGGACCGCUUGAAACUCAGGCAGCAGGAGAUUAUGCGACAGCAAGAGCUGAUGCUGCGCCAGAGCCCAGGAGGCAGUGAUGCUGGCGUGGACCCGUUCCUGUCGGGUCUGACGGACCACUCGCGUCAGGAGUCGGCCGACAGCGGCCUCGGUCUCGGCACCAGCUACUCGCUGCCCCACACGCCCGAGGACUUCCUCUCGUCGAUGGCCGCCGACGAUAACAUGGAUGGAGUCAGUGAGGGGGGCAAUGACCCCAUGCCCAUGUCCGUCUCUUCCCCCCUCACGCCCAACAUCGACUCCACCGACGAUCUGGUGCCCUCCUUACAGCUGGGAGAAGAAUUCACUAGCGAUAUCCUAGAUGACGUACAAGCGCUGAUCAACCCCCACAGCAAGGAAAACAAUGUUCUAACGUGGCUAUAGAUGUACCAUACUCCAUUUACUUAGUUCGUAUUUUUACUGUUAUGGAGACAAAACUGCAAACUGUUGAAACUGUUGUAAGAAUAUUGUCACAGGGAACCUGUUUUCACUCAGUUACAACUCUAAAUCAAUUAAUAAAUCUCUAAUAACUACAUUCAAACGUACACUAUUCUAAUGGAAAUUUGAUUUUUUCCAAUUAUAAACAUAUAAAUGAAUAAGUAAAAAUAAAUAAUUAGGAUUUGGUCCCAUCAUGUUCAGAUUGAACGAGGCUACUGUAAUGCAUAUCUUAUGUGAAUAUCUUACUGUAAUGCAUUCUUAUCUGAAUCAAUCAAUUUCGAUUCAAUCGAAAAAAAUCAAUAAAACUACCUACAUAACUUGAUUAUCUUAAUUACAUAGAUAUCAAUUUAUGAUAAUUUAUAAAACAAUUAUGACACUCUUGUGUGUGUCUAGGUCGUUUUAUUGGUAUUGUUCUUAUUCAAAAAAUAAAUAUGUUUCCUCUGCAUCCAUUUCACAAAUAAGUUUGCAGAGAUGCUUUGAUAAUUCUGUCAAUAUUCAUUGUAUUUUAGUAAUAAAGUAUAUUUAUCAUUUGAAUUUUUUAGAAUAGGUUUUUUUGACUUGUCAGUUUCACUUUUCAGAAUGUAACUAGUGAAGCAGGUUCUGUGUGAUUGAAUAUUGUGCAAUGAACCUUCCACUUAAUAUUUUUAAAAUGCUGCCUGUAUUUCUAUUUUAUUGGAAAAUGGACAAUAAUCGUUUAUCGGUUGAUUACAAGUCACAAACUCACUAUGUAAAAGUGAGAGAUUGUAUUUCAACCAUCAUUGUAUGUUGGGAUGAGUCCGCUAGGUUUUAAUUAAUGUAAUUAAUUAUUUUAGUAACUAGGAGAUUUUGCAAGAGACUUAUUACGUUUUAUAGAUACAAUUAAUUUCACGAAUGCUUUAGGAAGUUGAUAUUUCUCAAGUACAGAUGGUUGAAAUAUUAGUGAAAUAUAUUCAUUUUUGAUAGAUUCCAAACCUAGCUAGAAGCUUGAAAUCUGUGGCCUUGCUGCUAAUAUAAAUAAUUGAAUCACGAAUCCAUCCUUGUAAUGUGCCUUUAUAAUCAUAAUUAUUUAAGAUGAUAAUUUGUAUAGCUAAUGAAAUUCUAUCGAACAGUUAUAAAUGUUUUUAUCCGUAUGUUUUUUAAUAAUGUAAGUAACUGUAUGUUGUUAUUCGAUUGUACUCCAAGUGCAAUACUUAAGCCUAUUCUUGUGUCCGUUUAAUAUCACUGAUUAUCGUCUAUUGUCCAAAACUAUCGUCCAAAAGUGUUGCUCGGUUAUUUUGUGGCGAUUUGCGAUACGUUUCCGGCCGCGGAGGUCGUUCUUCAGGUCAAGUUUCCAGAAUGGCAAUCAGUCGUCGCAAAUACUCUAAAACGAAUUUUCCAGCUUGAGUUUUUGGUGCGGCCAAAAAGGAACUAGAUCAAUGACGUCAUCGCAGCUUUUAGGUGUUCACCUUAGAAGAUUCGCCAACUCCAUGAAACUUCACCGUCUCCAAAAAUCACCGAAACUUCUUUCUCCUCCAGAGUUUUAUUCCCUCAGCUUAAUAUUAUAUUUAAAUGUUGAGAUAACAAAUUUUAAAUAAAUUUUAUUUUAUAAAUAUUGUUAUUAUAAUAUAUUGUGAAAUGUGAACAUAAAGCAAUAAUAAUUAUUGAUGGUUAUUAAUCCUUAAGAAAUGUAUUUUAUACAGGACGAUCACUCGAAAUAGAUAUUUUCAAAACUGUUUAGCUUAAAUGAUUAUAGUUAUGUUAUUUCUGCUAGAAUCUUUUCUUAUUCAUGUAAACUUAGUACAUAGAUUUAUGCUCUCAUGUUGGAUCACUUAGCUUCCUUUCAUUAUAGUAUCAUUGAAGUCUCAUCAUAUUCCUCCAAGGGAAUCUGUAGUUGACACUUUUUUCUCCAUGAAAUGAACAAUAUUAAUUUGUUUACAUUUUCAAUCCGUAACAUAAUUUUUUCUCAAAAAAAAUUAGUAAAUGGUAAUUGCCCAACUGGUAAUCACUUUCUAUGUCAUAACAAUAACGUUUUUCAACUUGAUAGCUUGAGAAAGUUAUAGAUCAGAAGAAUAGGUACUGUAGUGGUGUUAGUUUAUCUUAAAAUUCUCUGAUUCACAUCUAUAGCCCUCCUAUUCUACAUAUUCGUUUACACAAAUUUGAUAAAUGGAAAAUAUCUGUGAUAAAUACCAAUAAUACUCACCAUGAUUUUUUAUAAUUUCACUUUACACUUUAUAAUAUCUGAGACCAAUAUUAUUGCUUCGAUUAUUCUGUAAAAAUUUCUCAUCAUGAAGCAUUUUGUUAUCAAUUUACAUACUUCUAUGACCUUCGCUGUUGAUCUUGAAAUAUUCAUAUUCUCCGCUGUUAUGAUAUUCAUGUUUUUAAACUACUGUGUAAUCUGAUAUGAUAUUUUCCGAUAAACUCCCUUUAAAUAUGUUUUAUUCCUAUAAACUUAUCGAUCAACUUUGUUAAUUGUUCUCUCUCAUUUGUUACGUGUUUUUAAAAGAUCUAGUUUGUAUUCCAAUUCAUUCAACAUAACUCUAUUAUUCAAAUUGGUGCUUGUCUUUAUUUAGAUAUAAACUCACUGUUUUUAAGUCAUAGGUCUACCAUACCAUACGUGUUAUACACUAAGCAUAAUAUAUGCUAUGUGGUAUAUGUAUAAACUGAAAUUUAUUUUUCACUGUUAUUUAUAAAUUAUGUUAUUCUAAUUUAGGUGUCAAUAAGUUACUACUGAUUUGUUUCAUUAUUAAAAGUUCUAAUAAUGUUAACAAUUUUUGUUUUCCAUUAGUCUUUGAUCUCCACUCUUUUCUUGAAUUUAUGUUCAACUAAUUUUUGUAUUAUUUGAUUUGUCUAACAACAUUUCAAAAUCUUACGUUUUAAAAUAGCAAUGAAAUUCUAUGUUGGAAUUAUAGUUGAUCCAAAUUAAUGAUACAAUGAGAAAUGCAACUAAGUAAUAUUGCUGAUGUAAAUAGACCCGCACUCAAUGCAAUCCAAUAUUUUGGAGCAUUUGAUUUGUAGCACAUCUAUUUACUUUUGAAUAAUAUUCUAUGCACCUCAAGGUCAUUCAAAGCAAUCUUAUCAUUUGCCAUUAUAAAGAGUUUUGCCUCCAUAAAAGGUCACUAUGUCUCAUAAAAUAUUGUUCUUUUGAAUUUAAGUUAAUUAGUUCUUGUAUUAUUCCUACCAUUUCAUAAAUAGCGAUUUUGCAUACGAGAUUAAUUUAUAUGAAUGAAAAUACUCUAAAAUGUUUUGUUUGACAAUGUUUGUUGACAUGGUCAGUUGUAAAGUGCUUUGGCUCAAUAAAAUAGAAUUCGCAUUUAAUUUCAGUGAAUUUAUCAUGGAGGUAAAACUCGUAGUUGCAAUUGAAUAAUAUGAUUGUCUAUAUAUAAGCAAUAUUUUUACUAUUCAUGCGUUUUUAGUGAUACGGAAAAAACUAUUCUAUAAACAAUUCCAUCCUUCAAAGUGCCUUCAAUUUAAUACUAUUUUAUAAUCUGUACACAAUGAUAGAGUAAAUACAUUACUAGUACUAUUCUAAUUAAUAAUUUAAUUUGUUAUUUUAUGCAAUGGUAAUAAUCAUUUCUUAUACAUCACUAUUUCAAAUGGCAAUAUCAACGAUUACACUAUUUUAACUAAACUAUAAAUCGAUUAUAUCAAUGUAACUAGAAUAUAUUGUAUUCUAGGUACAUUGGAUUACCGGUAUUUAAAAAUAAGGAGUGACAAUAAAUGUAAUACAAUACAGUAGAAGAUUCCAAUUUAAAAUAAAAUUAACAGUAACUUACAUAUUAAUUAUUGGCAUGAAUGUUGAUCUUGUAUCUACUUAUUACUUAUAGAUUCUAAAUAUCUAUAUUAACUAAGUAUUGUUAAUCUUAUUCAUACUCCAUUUCUAUUUUGUUUUUAUUGUAGCAUGAAUAUUGAUGUUGUGGAACUUUUCCAUAGAGACUUGAAAUGUUGUCAAAAAUCCACUUUAUUUAAAUAAAGUUAAUAUUUUACAGGAGCAUGCUUUUGAAAAUGCUGCUCACACAUCAUCAGCUGUAAGUUUCAGUACCUGUAUGUAAGUACUGUACCUGUACUUACAGCUGAUGAUGUAUGAGCACACACGAAAGCAUGCUCCUGUAAAAUAUUAAUUUUAUUUAAAGUGGAUUUUUGACAACAUUUCAAGUUUCUUCAAUUUGAUUUUAUUAGAAAUUUGUACCUCACGCUUAAUUUUAUAGACUUGAAAAUGCUGCUAUAUUCAAAGAGUUCUGAAAUUUUAAUUAUCUAACUUUAUCUGCUUGCUCAAAAAUUUCAUGUAAUAGCUUGUGCAAGACUGACAACUUUGGCAAAUCAAUUGAAAUUAUUUAUAGUGCCUUGAAAUUCAGAUUGAAGAGAACUCAUAGUAGUUUAACUGAAUUUCCAAAGAAAUGUUAUUUGCUUUUCAGACAUUUUGUGAUAAUGAUAAGAGUGCAGCUUGCAUAUUUAUGGCUGGAUCGAUGGCUGCUUUCACUGACUGUACAGUGCCAUUUCUAUUUAGAUAGUAAAUAAUGUAUUUUAUGUCAGUAUUUGAAACUAUGGAUCACUCGACAAAUUGAAUGUAAAAACUUCAAUUGCAACAAGAAGAGGAGACCACUGCUCCCCAAUUGAUCAGCAUGAUUAUUUAGGUGCCAUGUGUAAUCCUAUCUAAUAAGUAGAAUACCGUUCUCUUUUCAAUAAUUUUCGUUUCUAAUGGAUAUAUGAUUUCUAUUUACUUACCUAAAUUUAUUUAUUUAGAAAAUGUUUAUUUUGAUUGUUUAUAAAUUUACUGAUUUAUAUUCAAAUGAUUUUGUAAGUUUAGAUAUCCUCAAUCGGAUUUUCAGUGGUGUAGCUCCAAAGCUAUUAUAAACAAUUAACUCAUUACACGCUUCCAAUUAUAUAAUAUUCUAUCAAUUCUGAAAUUAAGCAUCAUGAAAGUGAUCACAGAAGUAUAAAUCCACGAAAACUAUCUCUCAAAUUGAAAAAUAAAUUUUAGCAUGUUACUGUAACUCAUUUCCUAUUGUUUUGCCAUAUAACAUAGAUUUCGUUUAAGGUUAAUCUGCUGCUCAAUUAUUGUAGGCUAUGUACUUUAUUGGAAAUAUUUUCCAAGCAUCUGUGUAAUAUUCCCAGCUCAGAUAAUUUCCUUGAUUGUAAUAGCUCGAUUAAAUGAGAUAUUAUGAAAAAAGAACUCUGUAAAUUCAUGUUUAAUCAGAUUAUGAUCAAGUCUUAUUGAAGAGGGUCGUUCAUUGUGAAAUUUGGAUGAAAGGAAUAAUAAUUUUUUAAACGAUGACAAUCAAAAUCCCAGUUCGAGGUUCUCUAGAAUCUGAACUGACUUGAUUUGGUUUUGAUAAACAUUUGUUCUCAUUCCAGUUUGUUUUCUCAUGUUUCUCGCAUUUUUUCAUUUCCAACUGACAAUAUUAUUAUCAUCUAUCAUAUUGAUGUUUCAUCCUAAAAUUUAACCUGUAUGUUUAUAUUUUCUACUUAGGAGCUACAUCGACUAGUUAUUAGUUCUCUCUCAAUGCUACUGGCAUUGAGACUGUUUAUUAAAGCAAUGUGUACAUACAGUAAUUUAAUAACUAACAUUAUUUCUAUGCAUUCGUGUUGUAAUUCUAUACACAUAAAAUGUUUAUGCUAUUCAGUGUUGUAUUUAAAUUGAACUCUAUUCAACUUAAAUUUAUGUAAAAAUAAUGUUUUCAAUUUUGAAAUUCUUUCUAUUUUCAUUGUAAAAUUUAUUAUCUUGUAUUGAUUGGUUGAAGUGAUUUUUUCUUCUAAAAAGCGACUGCCAUGUAUGUGCAUGACGUUUUAUGGUACAAUAAUAAAUUUUAUAAUGUCAUA